AUGGACUGCUUUCUACAGGGCUGUCGCGACCAGUCAGAUUUUGGGGAUAAAAUGUUGCGUUCAUUGAAAGAAAUUUUAAUUCCGUCUCUAGCGGGACUGUUAUUGUUGGGAGCAGGAAUACAAGUAUAUAAAAGAUCACCCAGUAUUACUGGGUUAAACAGUGGUCUGUUAAACAGAAAUGAGAGUCUAUUAAUAAAGUAUAUUUUUGAUUGGAGGGAAUGGUGGACAUUGUUAAGUCAGAACAAUUUUAUUAUUUUAUCCACAUUAAAUGAAUCCUCCUUAUGUAAUGUAUCUAGAGAAUUGAGGCUUAUUUCAGAUACCUACUGUAAAAUCCAUUAUAAGAAAUGUCCACAGAUACCUUGUACAUUAGUAAAAUCGUCAGCAUCGGCGAUGAAAAAUAUCCAAUGUAUGAAAGGUGGUAAAAUAUUCGAGAAAAAAAAUAUGAAUGAUGAGCCAGAUAUACUUUGUCAAAGCGGUGUAUCGUUGGAUUUAUUUGGCCGUAAUAAUGGCCAAUUGAAAUCCUAUCCAUCGAUUAUUACGGAUAAAAUGCUAGUUCUCGAUGAUGAAUUAUGGCGAGGUGUAUUAAGUCAAUUUCGUAGUUAUGAUAGUGUAUGGGGUUUUCAUUUUGAUGGUGAAUCGAUUGGUUAUUAUCCGUGGGCAUCUGAAUAUAAAAAGCUUCGAUUAUUCGAUGUAACUAUGGGUUAUGAUCGACAAUUAUACGACUGGAUUACACCUGGUUAUCUACUGCACUAUGCGCCAGAUAUUUCAAAUCCUUCUUUACGGUUAUCGGCAAAUAAUGUCAUGGUAAUGAAAAAAUCAGUAACAGCUUAUAAAAAUAAUUCUGAAAUAACGGCACCCGUGAUGUGGAUGAACGGAAAUUGUGAUGCAAAAUCAGGACGAACAGAAUAUAUGAGCGAAUUUAUGAAACACAUCGAUGUUGAUAGUUGGGGUGCAUGUAAGAGAAACAAAGGGGAUUUACCACCUGAUAUUAUUAGAAUACAAGGAGGAAAAGGUGACAGUUUCUAUAACCUUAAUUGGAUUCAGGCAAAAACGGCUCUUUCAAGCAAUUAUUUAUUUACAAUAGCCAUUGAAAACAGUCUAACUUAUGAUUAUGUUACAGAAAAGUUAUGGCAGCCGCUUGCUGCUGGUAGUGUGCCCAUUUAUCUUGGUGCACCGAAUAUUGAAGAGUGGUUACCGUGUAAAAAUUGUAUUAUUGAUUUACGACAGUUCAAGACACCAAAAGAAGCUGCUGAAUUUGUUAGACAAGUAGCAACAAACAAAAGUCUUUAUCAAACUUAUCAUCAAUGGCGUAGUCAACCUGUAUUAAAACAAUUUCAAAAUAUUCUUAAUUACUUUGAUUAUUCACGAAAGUACAGUAUGGAAUGUAUCGUCUGUGAUAUGGCACAUAAUAUAAGUAUUCUGGGAAAUAAUCCUUAUAGUAAAAUAAGAAAAAUUGUGUCAAGUUUAAAUCCAUUCGAAUCGAUUUGGUAG